CUUUGAUCCUCUUCGUUUCUUGAAUAUGUGCUUCUUCUUUCCUAACUUAUGUUAGACGUAACCACUUUUUGUUCUUAACUAAAACAAAAGUGACAAACGUUAAAAGCAAGUGCCCGGUGAGCGGAAGUGGACGUAUCGCUCACGUGAUCGAACUGAUCGAAGUCACGUGGCUCCCCUUGGUAGCCACCAGUGGCCACCGCGCAGAAAUUCACAACACCUCACGCUCUGAGAAAAAUAUAUAUAUUUCAGCUUCAGCUGAACGGAUUAAAAUGAAACAACACUUAAAUUAACCCUAGAGCUCCCGAAAAUUUGGAUAAACCCCAUAAAUGAAAAUUAGAAUGAACGUGCCAAUAAAUAAUCGUUUACAGUUUUGAUAAUAAAUUUUCCCUCCACUCUCGAUAAGACUAUCGCGCACCCGGCGCAUCUGACUCGACGCAUGGACGAAACAUUUUGAAGAGGAAUGACUUUAGAAUAUUGUAAAAAAUAAAAUUUAUAUUCCUGAAAUCUGUGACUGAUAUGAAUGGCGUUUCAUUAAACUUACUGCAGUAAAAGUGUAAAUUAGGUUUUAAUUAAUGCCAGUGAUUUCGCGUGACAGUUUUCUUUGUACAGACUCGAUAAAAUAUUUUAAAUAACGAUUUUAUCUUUUUUUAAAUAGUCUAUUCGUGUGUCUGGCAGUUUUGGCUUUAAUUGAAAUCUCUGAACAUUUGAAUUUCAUCGAAAUCUGUGCAGUAGAACUUGAUAAUUUUCUUCGUGUUGACCAGAGUGACAGGUUAUACUCUCUGAUACUACUGCCUGUUAUGCACUUCACUGUGCGCCUACACCUGACACAAAAGAUAAAGUGAACAUUCGUGCAUCGAAUUCGAUCGCAUAAAUCGAACGAUCCAGCAUGAAGACGGUGUGCGCUGCGAGGAUUUGUAAAUAUUCUUCGGAAAUCGAAGAUUCGACAGACGUAACAUUUAUCAACUUCCCGAACGAUGACAGCUCGAAGAUCUGGGCGCAUCAUUGCGGUAGGGAAGAUCUAUUAAUGAAAUCGAACGAGGAGCUGCAUUCAAAUUAUCACGUAUGUUCGCAUCACAUAGAGGAUCGUUAUUACGUAAGUAAAACUGACCCAGUGAUAAUAGACCAGAACGCAAUUCCAACUUUGUUCCAAUCUAAUUCGAUCCCUGGGAAGAGAACAAGAAGUGUCUUCGACAGAGACGAACAGAUAGAAUCAGCUGAGAACGUUGUACUCUCGUACUGCGAUAUGGACAUCGAAAUCGAUCAGUAUCGUGAUAUCAGUAUGAAGUUCUCGGAUUUGUGUAGAAUCUGUGGAGAAUCGAGCUCAGACAGCAUAGAAAUAUUUUCACCUAAGGGAAUGAAACUGAAGCUGAAAGAAAAGAUCAAUCUGCAUCUCCCAAUCAAGGUUGACAUGGAGGAUUUAAUGCCAUUGAAAUUAUGUCUGAACUGUUACAACAAAUUGGAAAUCGUUCAUUCACUGGUCGUGGCUUCUUUAAAAACAGACAUGAGAUUGAAAAGAUUCAUGAACAUUAACGAAGAGUUAAACUACGACCACAGAUACAGUGGAAUAGCUAAAAAGUAUUUCAUGGAGAUAACCGAAGAGAUGUGUAUGAGAGAAGCCUCUGACGUUACAUCAGUACAACUGUCUUCUGACAAAGUCGAAGGGAUUAUGAGUCAAGAAAUCAGCUUUACGAACGAUCUCAGGAGAGAAGGGCAGCCCAAUUUGAACGAGUUGCUGGAAUCGCAAGACGAGGGAAAUGAAACGGAAAGUUAUCCGGAGAACGAAGCAACGAUGUCCAAUGAAAUUCAUCCCAUUCGUUGCGAUGAUACGUUCAAGAGGCGAGAGACGUUCGAAGAUCACGAAAUAUCAUUCACGGAGGAAGAGGCGCAGAAGAAAGAGAAGACCGAGAACCGUGCGAGUACGAGAGAAUCGAGCGAUGUAAAAUUUGUUGAACAUAAAAUUUCUUGUAAACUCCACCAGGACGAACAAUAUGAGAUUUGUAAUGUAGCGAGAGACUCGUGUAAGAUUUAUAAAGAUGCGUACGACGCGAAUAACAUUGUACUAAUGGAAACGAAUAAAAGGUGUGGCCACUGUGGUUCGCUUUAUAGUACCAAAAAAGAAUUGUUGAAUCAUAUUUCGAAAUACCACGACGGUCGACUCCUGUUCAAAUGCAUCGAUUGCGAUCGAAGCUUCGAGAAAUGGUCUAGCCUGGACGUGCACGAAGCCACUCACAGAGUGGACAAACCCUACCUAUGCGAUUUAUGCGGGAAAAGUUUCAAACAUUCGAACAAUCUGAGAGGCCAUAAGAGGACGCACCUAGACGAUUCGCAGAAGAAACGACACGUUUGCGACGUUUGCGGGAACGCGUUUCGAUCUAGAUUUCACUUGCGGGAACACAUGAACCAGCACGACGGCACUAAGCCUUACUCUUGCGAAAAAUGCAGUAAAGCGUUCUGCAAAAGGAUACAACUGAGACAGCAUAAACUGUCUCACGGUCUGAAUCACCACGUCUGCCCGAUAUGCGGCGCGGCUUUCAAUCGCAAGGGGAACAUGAACACGCAUCUAAAACGACACAACAGUGAUGGUACAUACGCGUGCAGCGUAUGUACGCGCAGAUGUAAGUCUAUGAGCGAAUUGAAGUUACACCGGAAAGAGCACACGCAGCAAGAUAUAAUAGAGAGCAUCCGAAGAAAAUCCGCGGACAAAAUUGUGUGGCAGUGCGAGAGCUGCGAGCGAGUAUUUCCAACGCGAUCUCUCUUGAUGAAUCACAAGCGCACGCACGAGGGGAACAGGACGGGUGUCGAGUGCGACGUUUGCGGCAAGAAACUGGGUAGCAAAAGUUCACUGACUUAUCACAAAAGGUCCGUACAUUCGAAGGAACGGCCGCACGUCUGUCAAUACUGCGGCGAGUCCGUUGUCUCGAGGGAGGCGAGGCUCCUCCACGAAAGGAUCCACACUGGAGAACGUCCCUACGUUUGCGGGGUGUGCAAUAUGGAGUACAAAUGCUCGAGCAAUCUGAGCCAACACAUGAAGACGCACACGGGCGUCAAACCGUACAAAUGCGAGCGAUGCGAGAAGAGUUUCACUCGCAGAGGCGCGUUACACGUACACGAGCGGGUUCACACCGGGGUGAAACCGUUCGUCUGCGGGACUUGCGGUAGAAGCUUUUCGCAGAAGAGCGAUAUGAUCAAGCAUGGCAGAACGCAUGAAGCGAAAUGGUUGCGUUGCGAACGAUGCGGCGAGGUCUUCGUUAAGAAGAAAGAGAUCCUGAAACAUGUCGCUUCACACGAACAGAACGAUCCUGUGAUGCUGGAGCUGGCACGUGUGGAGGUGUCACGAAUACCGGCUUAUAACGUUCAUUCAAUGCCUCGUCGAUUUCAAUAAAUUUAUAUACGAAAUAAAUUGUUAGGAUCUCGGAAAAAGAAUCUGUUUCCCUGAACGUAAGAUCAAACGACGAAAUAUUCUAUUUUUGUAAUUGAUAAAAAACACAUUUUUAUUGC